CUUCGACUCACUCUCUUCACUCAUAACCCCCUUACUACUCUCUACCCACAGCGCGACGGCGCGAUGAAGGUCGUCAAGCCCAACUGGGUCAUCCACUCGACUGAUGAGAAGCAGUCGAGGACACCAAUCUACUCCAUCUCGGUGCAUCCCGACGGCACGCGUCUAGCCACGGGCGGGCAGGACAACAAGGUCAAGAUCUGGUCCACCCUCCCGAUCCUCGACUCGGAGGCCGCCGACAAUGAGCUCAACCACAAGCUGCUGUGCACCAUGGCCUCGCACACUGGCCCCGUCCUCGCCGUCCGCUGGGCCCACCACGGCCGCUACCUCGCCAGCGGGAGCGACGACUCGGUCGUGCUCAUCUGGGACAUUGACCCAGCGGGCGGAGGCCGUGUGUUCGGCUCGGAAGAGUUCAACGUCGAGAACUGGAAGGCCCUCCGCCGUCUCGUCGGCCACGUGGCCGACGUUGUCGACUGCGCGUGGAGCCGCGACGACAGCAUGCUCGCGUCCGUCGGGCUCGACUCGAAGAUCUUCAUCUGGGACGGCUUCUCGUUUGAGAAGCUGCGUACCAUCGACGCGCACCAGGGCUUCGUCAAGGGUGUCACUUGGGACCCCGUUGGCAACUACCUUGCUACUCAGUCCGACGACAAGACGGUCCGUAUCUGGAACACGGACGACUGGAAAGAGGUGCAGACGGUGCGCAAGCCGUUCGAGAUGUCGCCCCAGUCGACCUUCUUCCGCCGCUUGAGUUGGUCACCCGACGGUGCGUUCAUUGCCGCCUCCAACGCCAUGAACGGCCCCGUGUUUGUUGCCGCAGUCAUCGAGCGCGAGGGCUGGGCGUCGGACAUUUCGUUCGUCGGCCAUCAGAACACCAUCCAGGUCGCCGCCUUCAACCCCCGCCUCUUCUUCCGCGCUGGCGAGGAGCACUCCAGAGUCACCGCCUCGUGCAUGGUCGCGCUCGGUGCCGACGACUACACAAUCUCCAUUUGGCGUAACACACUACACAAGCCACUGGCCGUCAUCCGCGACAUCUUCGGGCGCCAGCUGCUCGACCUGUGUUGGGCGAACGACGGCCUGACGCUCUACGGCUGCUCGGCCGACGGCACCAUUUGUGCCAUCCAGUUCGAGGCGAAGGAAUUCCCAGAACUCUCGGGACCAGACGAGACAACACAGAUUCUUAAGGAGUACGAGUUCAAGCCAAAGCAUCACCGCCCAGUUCGCGUUCUCCAGUCACCCGCCGACUUCACUAACGCCGCUCCCACCAACGCCGUCGAGCACGUCAACGUCCUCAAGCCAAGGAAGGGCAAGCCUGCUGCACGCCGCAUCAACCUGUCUGGUACCAUGACUGGUGGCUCGGGCGCCAACGGAAUCUCGGCUCAGCCCUCCGGCAGUCUCGGCCGUGCUCCCCUCCAGCGCCCUACCAUGCAGCCGCCUUCGCCCCAGCUGUCCCGCCGCGGCGCAGCCGAUGCGUUCAGCUUUGCCAACGACCAGCCGCUCAGCAACCGCACUGGCGGCGACGCUACCGCCCGCAUGUUCGACGAGGUCGACGCCAUGCGCGCUGGUGACAAGCGCAGGGCGUACGACGACGACAUGCGCGCCGUCAAGCACCGCUCCCUUGGCUCGGCACGUGGCCAUGGCCCCGUUACUGAGAUUCGCGCCCCCAGGGUCGUAUUGUCUGGUGGUUCUGGUGGUGGAGGCGGACACCUCUUGCCCCUUCCCUCCAUCCAGAGCGUCGUUCGCGUCCAGCAGGAGGAGGCUGGCGGCGUCAUUACUGCCGAGAAUGCUGCCAACGAGAACGGUCGCAACUCGGUCUCAUUCUCCGCCAACGGCAAGGACAUUAUCUGGAUCGACUAUGUUCCCAGCCCUACUCUUGCCGUCGUCGCGACCUCUGCGUUCUGCGCGGCUGCCGCUGAGGACGGCACGAUCAGGGUGUACUCUGUGUCGGGGCGGCACUUGGCUUCUCUCAAACUCCCUGCUCCGGCAUCCGAGCUGGCUGGUAGCAAGGAUAUGCUCCUGGUCACCACUGUCGACUGCAAUGUUCGCGUCAUCGACACGCGUCACGGCAAGACCAUCCUUCAGCCCACCUCGAUUUCGCACCUCCUCAACCCUCCGUCGUCCUCUUCAAACCCCGCGGCCACUAGCACGGUCGAGUCAGUGCUCGUGCGCCCUAACGGAUGCCCAGUGGUCGUGACCUCGGAGCCAGCGGCGUGGGCGUACGACGCCGACUUUGGAGGCUGGACGCAGAUCGCCGCGGCGUGGUGGAGCUCGUCGCCUUUGAACGAGGCGACGCGCACGCGUCACGCCAGGUCAGGGGCCGGCGGCGGCAUUCUUGCGGAGAUUGAGCAGACUGUUGCUGCUGGCGCGCACGGCGAGCCGCCCCACCCCAAGCCUGACCACUGGGACCUCGCGCUGUCUACUGGCCACUACGAGACUCGUCUUCGCGCCGCACGCCUGCUCGACUCGAAGGAGGAGUACAAGCACUGGCUGCGGGAGUACUCCAAGUUCCUUGGCCAGGAGUCGUUCCGCGAGCAGGCCGAGGAGCUGGUCACGGAGCUCAUGGGACCGCUGUACAAUAUCCCAGGCAACCCCAAGUGGGAGCCCAACCUCUUUGGCGGACCCAAGCGCGACCUCGCCAAGGAUGCGCUGAACGUCAUGAAGGUGUUCCCGUCACUUCAGCAGUGGGCGCAGGAGCAGCUUUCGGUUCUGCGGCGUAUCCAGCAGGAGGAGGCGAGAUGGACGUGAGGUGGGGGUGGAAGGUGGACUUGAGGCGACUUGACCAAGACCUGUGACAAUAUACCCGUGCAUUAUAUAGAACAUACAACAGUGUGUGGCCGUAGUAGCCA